UUAACAAUCACGACCUCUCCUUCUCCACUAUUCAUUCAUUUGAAUCUGUUUAAUCUUUUCUAUAUUAGAACUUCCUAAAAGCGUCAUGCAAUUUGAGAAAGAGGGGUUCACGCGUUCUUAGAUUUUGAAUCAACCCAGCCCUCUUCUCCUAAUGGAGGGUUGAAAAUAAGGAAUCGAGUGUUCAUUUGAUCCUUUUUCUCUUCUGGGUUUCGUUUUUUUUUUGGAUUCCUUUUCCUCCAUUGUUGGAUUUUUGAAGGUCUUGUUCAGAUAUGGUGGCCGAGAAGUACAUUUCGUCUGAGGAGCUUCUCAAGCACAACAAACCCGGAGAUCUGUGGAUUUCCAUUCAGGGUAAGGUCUAUAAUGUCUCAGAUUGGGCUAAAGUACAUCCUGGUGGCGAUGCGCCUUUUCUCCUCAUGGCUGGUCAUGAUGUUACUGAUGCAUUCAUCGCUUAUCAUCCUGGUACUGCUUGGGCGUAUUUGGAACCCUUGUUUACUGGAUUUCAUCUCGAGGGUUUCCAGGUCUCGGAGGUUUCUAAGGAUUAUAGGCGGCUUGCUGCUGAGUUUUCGAAACAAGGUUUGUUCGAGAAGAAAGGGCAUGUUACUAUGUAUUCUUUGAUAUCUGUUUUUAUCAUGUUGUUCAUUGUGGUUUAUGGAGUUGUGAAAUCUGAGAGUGUUUUGGUUCAUUUGGGUUGCGCUAUGAUUUUGGGUAUGCUUUGGAUUCAAAGUGCUUAUGUGGGUCAUGAUUCUGGACAUUCUAAUGUGAUGUCGAGCCGUGGAUUUAACAAAUUGGCUCAAAUUCUGUCUGGGAAUUGCUUGACUGGGAUUAGUAUAGCCUGGUGGAAAUGGACUCAUAAUGCUCAUCAUAUCUCAUGUAAUAGCCUUGACCAUGAUCCAGAUCUUCAACACAUCCCUGUUUUUGCUGUUUCUGUUAAUUUCUUCCGCUCUUUGACAUCUCAUUUCUAUGGAAGGAAGCUUAAGUUCGAUUCCUUGGCUAGAUUCUUCGUUAGUUACCAGCAUUUCACAUUUUACCCUGUGAUGUGUGUGGCUAGAGUGAAUCUCUUUGUGCAAACAUUAUUGCUCUUGUUUUCCACUAGAAAAGUUCCUGAUAGAGCAUUGAACAUAAUGGGGAUUCUUGUGUUUUGGACAUGGUUUCCUCUUCUAGUUUCGUAUCUCCCUAAUUGGCCUGAGAGAUUCAUGUUUGUUCUUGCAAGUUUCGCUGUUACUUCUCUACAGCAUAUCCAAUUCUGCCUCAACCAUUUCUCUGCAAAUGUUUAUGUUGGGAAGCCCAUAGGGAAUGAUUGGUUUGAGAAGCAAACUAGUGGGACUUUGGAUAUCUCUUGUUCUUCGUGGAUGGAUUGGUUUUUUGGCGGAUUACAGUUUCAGCUUGAACAUCAUUUGUUUCCAAGGAUGCCCAGAUGCCAAUUGAGGAAGAUCUCUCCAAUUGUUGUGGAGCUUUGCAAGAAACACAAUCUUCCUUAUAGAAGCUUGUCAUUUUGGGAUGCUAAUGUCCGCACCAUUAGAACUCUUAGAACAGCUGCUUUGCAGGCAAGAGAUUUGACCAACCCUGUUCCUAAAAACUUGCUAUGGGAAGCUGUGAACACCCAUGGAUGAACAUGAUGGUGAAGAUGAACAUGAAGAAGAAGGUCAGAUCUUUCAUAGUUCUUAUCUAGACUUCUCAAUAAUGGUAGCAGUUUUUUUUUCUUGUUCUUUUUUAUGUUUUGGAUUAUGUUUUUGAUAUGCUCUGAAACCAUUACUCUCUCUGCUUCCUUUUGUUGGUUAUUUCAUUUGAUUUUACUACAAAUGUUCUGAACUUGUGAUAUGAAUGAAGAAAGAUUCAUAAAUUGUGGGUUUCUUUGAAUA